UUCCAUCUUAGAGAAAGCUCAUUCUUCUCUCUCAAUAGAAAACAGAAAUAAUAAUAAUAUUAUUAUUAAUAAUAAAAAAUGGUUGGAGAACCAUCCCAUAAUAAUCCCAAACCUCUCCAACUUCUACAACUCUUCUCAUUCAAAAUCUCACCUUCUUCCUCUUCAACCUCAAACUCAUCCAUUAUGAAGCUCAAGACCCUUGUCAAUACACUGGUCUUUUGUCACGUGCGACGCUUUCUCCGGACUCUCUCCGCCGCCAAAUCAAAAACCAUCUCCAUUGUCGUCCACACCAUAAAAGAAGCCCAAACGAUGCAGCUGAUUAUUCACCCCUUAACGAAGAACAAGAACAAGAAGAAGAAGAGCACCAAAAGCAUCUUCUUUGGCUCUUUCAGGCUCCACUACAACUUCUGCUCCUCCAAAUACUCCCACGUGCUUCCAGUUCCAGCGCCGGUUUUCGACGGCUUAUCUCAAGCGCCGCCGGCGAGUGGCAGCAGCCAUUUCUACUACGACUCCACGUGGAAUUCAGUCAUACCAACUGGGCAGUACUAUGCUACUGCUACCGCCGAUCAAGAGGUAUACGGUCACGAGGGUGAUUCUCAGCUCUCUGGGUACUUGCAAUGGCUUGAAGAGAGGAAGGUGCAUGGUAAGUUAUCAGGUGGGUGCGCAGCAGGGGAUCAUGAUUAUAAUCUGACGGUUGGAGAUGCGCCAGCUGUACCAAACGACGACAUUGAUAAGUUGGCUGACAUGUUCAUUGCUAAUUGUCAUGCCAAGUUCAUCUUGGAGAAACAAGAGUCAGCUAGGAGAUUCAAGGAAAUGUUGGAGAGAAGUGCUUAAUUAAUUUCAUUAAUUAAUAAAUUAAUUAAUGUUAAUUAGCGCUCUCUCUCGAUCUUAAUUAAUAUUUUACUUUCCCACGUAUUGAUGAUCGUUUUCUUUUUUUGUCUUGGGAUGUAAAAAGAAGAAGAAUUUAAAGGCAUGGUUGACGAUGAAGAAGGUGUAGUGAAUGAAAUGGAUCGAGUGAGGGAUUUUGUUUUCUUAGUUUAAAUCUCUCAUCCCUUUUGGUUAUUGUGUAUUUAAUUUUUUUUUAAUAAUUUUUUUUGGGUCUUUUGAGAAAAAUGGUGGGGUUUUGGAGUUUGGUGAGAGUUGUACAUGAUGAUCACGAAGAGGGGUGAGUGAUCUGGGUAUUUCUGCAAUUCUUCUUAAAUUAAAAUGGUGAUGAUAUUGCAUGGUUA